CUGCGAGUCCUCUGGAUCCUUAUUUAACGCUGCGCGUGGUGCCUGCCUGGCCAGCAGUGGCCACAGUUCAGAUGCUGGCCGUGGGUGUUUGCACUUAGAUCACAGUAACCCCCCCAGUCCCUUUAAGUAAGAAGGCAUGGAAACGCUGCCUUUCUUGUGGUCUUCCAUUGGAGGCUGCUGCUUCUGCUUUCCGUGGUGAGCUGGGGGGCUACCUGCCCUCUAGCUUUUGACAGUGUGGACCCCUUUUGGGGUGGAUGGUUAUUUGUUGGCCAGAUCCAGGGACCGGGCUGCCCUGGUCUGGGUCUCCUAGGUGGCUGCAUGUUCUCAGGGAAGGGAACAAGGCAAACGUGGGCAUGUGCGGGAAUCCCUCAUCAGCUUCUUGACUGCAGGAUUCCUAAGCUGGCUCAGUCCCAUACUGCCCUCCUCAGAUGUCUGUACCAUCGUCAGCAUGUCCAGGGGGCUUAGGGUUUCCUCGGAGGCUCCUGGCAACCCGGGAUCUCCAGGCAUCCUGCCCUGCCACUGUGGACUGGACCUCUCACCUCGGUGCACUUUGGGAGCUUCCCAGCGUGUUCCCUCCCCAGCCUGGACCCAACCCUGCCAGCCUCAGCUUUCACUGUGCUGCCCCCGCGGCGGGAACAAUAUCCUUUCUAUUCGGAGUUGACUCUGCUGCCCUUUGGAGAUCGCAGUGCGUAACGUGAGCUCCUGUGCAGAGGGGUGGGGGCCGAGGCGCCCCCCGCACGCCCGGAGUCCGGCCGCCCAGCCCGGCCGUUGGUGGCUGCCCGCCGCCGCACCUGCCCUCCGAGGCUGGGGUCCGACGGCCGGUCGGAGCAGGCGGCCCGCGACGCGCCGGCAGGAGGAGGCCCGCGCCAUGGCCGCCCGGCUGGGCGCGCUCGCCGCGUCGGGGCUGUACCGGCGGCGCCAGCACCGGCAGAGCUCGCCGCCCGCCGCGCCCGGUAACAUGUCCAAUGCCUUGGCCAAUGCCGUGUGCCAGCGCUGCCAGGCCCGCUUCGCCCCCGCCGAGCGGAUUGUCAACAGCAACGGCGAGCUGUACCACGAGCACUGCUUCGUGUGCGCUCAGUGCUUCCGGCCCUUCCCCGACGGGCUCUUCUACGAGCUCGAAGGGCGGAAGUACUGUGAACACGACUUCCAGAUGCUGUUCGCUCCGUGCUGCAGGACCUGCGGCGAGUUCAUCAUUGGCCGCGUCAUCAAGGCCAUGAACAACAACUGGCACCCCGGGUGCUUCCGCUGCGAGCUGUGCGACGUGGAGCUGGCCGACCUGGGCUUUGUGAAGAACGCCGGCAGGCACCUGUGCCGACCCUGCCACAACCGUGAGAAGGCCAAGGGCCUGGGCAAGUACAUCUGUCAGCGCUGCCACCUGGUCAUCGACGAGCAGCCCCUCAUGUUCAAGAAUGAUGCCUACCACCCAGACCACUUCAGCUGCACCCACUGCGGGAAGGAGCUGACUGCAGAGGCCCGCGAGCUGAAGGGCGAGCUCUACUGCCUGCCCUGCCAUGACAAGAUGGGUGUCCCCAUCUGUGGGGCCUGCCGCCGGCCCAUCGAGGGCCGGGUGGUCAACGCGCUGGGCAAGCAGUGGCACGUGGAGCACUUUGUCUGCGCCAAGUGUGAGAAGCCGUUCCUGGGGCACCGGCACUAUGAGAAGAAGGGCCUGGCCUACUGUGAGACCCACUACAACCAGCUCUUUGGGGACGUCUGCUAUACCUGCAGCCACGUGAUCGAGGGCGAUGUGGUGUCGGCCCUCAACAAGGCCUGGUGUGUGCACUGCUUCUCCUGUUCUACCUGCAACAGCCGGCUCACCCUGAAGAACAAGUUUGUGGAGUUCGACAUGAAGCCUGUGUGUAAGAGGUGCUAUGAGAAGUUCCCGCUGGAGCUGAAGAAGCGGCUGAAGAAGCUCUCGGAGCUGGCAGCCCGCAGGGCGCAGCCCAAGUCCGCGGGCCUCCAACCCGCCUGAGAGGCCCGCCCGCCGCCUGCCUCCCGCCAUCGUCCUCCUGCUCCCCCCGGCUUCGCUGCCCGCCCCCGCUGCCCGAACCUGUGGCUUCUCCCUGCCCGUCUCUCCGCUCAGCAUCCCCCCCCAAGGCGUCCCGUCCCUCCCCUCCCUCCUUCCACGAGGCCAGAGGCCACGGGGCAGGGGCCUGGGCGUGGCAAGCCUGUGACACAUCCUCGUCCACAGCUUCAGCCCGAGGUCUUCCAGGGACAGAAGCAAGUAGGGCCAGGGUCACCUGGGCCGGCCUGUCCUGACCUGUCCCAUCCCCGCAGGAGGCCUCGUGGCUCGCAUUCUGUGGCAGCUUGGCCAGCCUCCGCCCCCCCGUGGCACAGGUGUAGCCCACGGCCAGGCGGCCGCCCGGACCCCAGGGCCAUGUGGGUGGGCGCCCCCGGGGAACCACCCUGCAGUCCCCCGACUACGCACGCGCUCAGCCAAGCAGGAGCCUCGUGCCCAGGCCAGGCCGGCGAGUCCCGCUUCUUCAGCCCACGCAGCAGUGGGAGGGCCCCCGCUCGCCCCACCGCCAAGGCACCCGCUGACUCCCCGGUGCAGCCUGGGGCUAGGAGGUGGUGGGCUCUGGUGGGCGGCUCAUUCCUGCCCUCCGGGGAGGACAGCAUGGGACCUUGGUGUUGGGACUCACACUUGCACAACGAAUGAAGGCUUUUCUACACGA